GGUUUCUGGGAGAUACUGAAUUUAAUAUUAAUAAUUGUCUUGUGAAUAAAAGGUGCUGCUGCAUCCCAGGUUUGGAAACUAGCAAGGAUGGGAGAAUAUUGGAAAAGAAAUCCCAGAACCUGCCAUGCUCCUAAACUUCCAUGCAUCCGAGUUCCUUUGUCUGCUCAGGACUCCCCCUUAAUGAAGGAUUUGAAGAGAGGACAGAAACGGUACCUUUACAGCAUUAUGAGAAUAUAUGACAGCAGAGCGCCGAGGGAAAUGCUGUACCAUCAGUAUGUGAUCAAUCUCCAGCGCCAGAACAUGCUGGGACUCAUCACUCAGCAGCAGGCCAACUAUUAUGCCACCUACCUAAAAGAUUCAAAAUCCUACAAAGAUCAAGUCUGGGAGAAGCACCUCCCUUGAAGGCAGACUCCAGGAAGGCACAGCUGGGGUUCUGUAAUUAAAUAUGGAUCAAAGAAACCAGAAAGGACUCACACUUGGUGAAGAAGGAUGAAUCACUUUUCUUCAUCUGUGAGAAUCGGACACUUAACCUCAUUUUCCAUCUGUCUCAUUUUGCACCAUGUAAUGAACACUUCCCCAAAUGUAAGCUAGGUGCUUAUGAAUCAAGCUGGAUGGAUCACGAACUGUCUCUCUUUUCAAAAAAUGAUAUUUCUUCUCAAAAAAGAAGUGCUUUUGCAUACUUUAUGUGGAACCUUAUAUUUUUAGCUUUAAUUAGCUUUAAUUUUGCAUG